CGGUAUGUCACAUCCUUUACUUAACUGGGCUUAUAUAAACAGAGGUUAUUGAGAUAUACGAGGGAAGACGGAAUUCAUACCUACCUAAUCAUCAGUAACGACCUGGCCACUCACAAUCGACUAUAUAGAAACCCAUCGUCAGUAUAAGUUCGUCAACAUUCCCGCAACACAACCUCCCCUAUCGCCACUAAACUCAUCACUCUCACCACCCAACUCAAAAGCAACGACAACAACAACAACAAGAACCAUGUCCACAAUAGCAAUAACAGGCGCCUCAGGCAAACUAGGCAACGCAACCCUCACCGCACUCCUAACCCACACCAACCACCCACCCAGCUCCAUCAUCCCCCUAACAUCCUCCCACCCCUCCUCCCCAACCUGGACCUCCCUCCUCUCCCAAAACCCCUCCCUACAAGUCCGCCACGCCACCUUCAACGACCCAUCUACAUUCGAAUACGCAUUACGCGGCGUCGAUAAACUAUUCCUCGUCUCAACGCCCCACGUAGCCCUCGACUUCGAGCAUGAAGACGGGAGGGAGAAAGAAGACGGCGAGGGGCGGGAAAAACACCAUCGCGUAGCGAUCGACGCGGCUGUUAAAGCCGGGGUCGGACAUAUCUACUACUCCAGCCUCGCAUUCGCGUGGAACACACAAACCCAAGCCCCCGGCUCCACGAGUAAAGCGGGCGUAAUGCGCGCGCAUCUGCGCACGGAAGCGUAUCUGUCCCGACUUUCUGCGGAGGGGAAGGUGAAAGUCACGGUUCUUCGCGAGGGGUUGUAUAAUGAGUCGUGGCCGCUAUAUCUGUUCGGCUACGGGAACGGGAACGACGGGGGUGGGGAUGGGAGAGAGGUUGUGCCGGUGCGGGGGGAUGGGAGGGUGUGUUGGACUGGGAUUAAGGAGUUGGGGGUUGGGAGCGCGUUGGUGGUUGCGGCGGAGGAUGGCGGGUUUGAUGGGAGGACGGUGUAUCUUUCGUCGAGGGCGAGGGAUGCGAGGAGUUUGGCGGAGGUGGCGGAGGUGGUGGGGAGGGUUAGGGGGGAGGGGUUGGGGGUUAGGGUUGUGGGGAGGGAGGAGUAUGAGAGGUAUUAUAUUGAGGAACGGGGUGGGGAUAGAGGCGCUGUGAGGUGGUGGGCGGGUACGUAUGAGGCGAUUCGGGAUGAGGAGUGCGAGGUUGAUGAUCCGACGCUUGAGAGGCUGUUGGCGAGUGUGGGGGUGAAGAGUAAGGGGGUGGAAGAGUGUAUUGCGGAAAUGGUAAAGAAAGCGGAUAAGUAGAGGAAGUUGAGGAUAUGUUGAUGCUUCAUUCACUCUAGGUACUUUCCCUAUACUCAAUACAAAAC